GGAAAAGGAAGGGCCAUUUUGUUAAAAAGUAAGAAUUUUUACUUGCCCUCUAUAAAAGCUUGUAUUUAUUUUACUUUGAUUUACAACUGGCCAAAGCACAUAGUCAAUAUGGAAGUUUUAACAACUGAUAGUAUGAAGGAAAUGUACAGAGCUCGUUUUUGACCAGACAGAUCCCCCAUGUGGACAACGAUGGUCAGUGCAUGAUUUGGACAAUGGACCUUAAACACACAUUAUGUCUUCUACUAUGCACAACUUCCCUGACUAUUUCUGGUGUCCAUGGAAAUAAUGAUAACAACAAGGCAUACUUCUGGACUGAACAGAACCUCCCAAUUCUGCUAGAAUCAAAUACAGCAUCCUUGAUCUCUCCUUCAUUUAGUAAACAAAAAAGAGAUGGGGAGUCAGGAGAUUUCUGUGGUAUUGAAUGUCAGAGUAACCUACCGCCUUUGGACCAACCUCAACAAGAAAGACUUUUGGGAUAUGAAACUUUGCAUGAAAACGGCACAUGUACACACACAUAUAUUACUCUACUGGACUUUAACCAAAGCAGUGUGACUGACAACACGCAAGGAGGCCACGCACGCAGAAAGAGACAUGUCUAUGGAGCAGAUGGAAGAUUUGUUAUUUCUGACUCUCACUUCAUCACAAACUACCCUUUCUCUACUGCGGUUCGCCUGUCCACUGGUUGUUCUGGAAUCCUGGUAUCACCCAAACAUGUGCUGACAGCAGCCCAUUGCAUCCACAAUGGGAGGGAUUACUUAGAAGAUGCAAAAAAGCUCAAGGUUGGUGUUUUGCAGCUCAAGACCAAAAGAAGAAGAGGUCAUAAAAGGAGAGGGAAGAGAGGAGGGAAUUAUCAGAUUGUGAUGGAAAUUGAUGGACGAAAGACAGGAAAAGGUAAAAGAGGCAGCAGUCAACAAGACAAUAGACGAAAAGAAGAGGCAAAAAGAAUAAGGCGUAGUUUAAGUGUAAUAUCCAAAAAACGACCUGUGUUCCGGUGGACUCGAGUUAAAGAAACCAAACUUCCCCAAGGUUGGAUUUAUAAAGCCAGUCUCAAUAAUUCUUUAUCCUCUGACUACAACUAUGCUCUACUGGAGCUGAAGCGUCCCGUCAAGCAAAAGUACAUGGAUCUUGGAGUUAUGCCUGAUGAUACUUCAAUGGGACGAAUUCACUUUUCAAGUUUUGAUGCAGAUAAAAGUCACUUGGAUAUACGUGGGAAGGAGAAAGUGGUCUACAGGUUCUGCUCUGUGGCAAAGGAGUCCAGUGAUCUGAUUUAUCAACAUUGUGAUGCGCAGACAGGUGCAACAGGAGCUGGGGUGUAUGUGUGUCUGAGGAGGGAGGCAGGAAAGAAGGGGGGUAAGGGGAAGUGGCAGAGAAGGGUGAUCGGGGUGUACUUGGGGCAUCAGUGGGUGAGGGUGGGUAACGGAGAGCUGAGGGAAUAUAAUGUAGCUGUAAGAAUUACACCCGCUAAAUAUGCACAAAUCUGCCACUGGAUUUAUGGGGAUCCAAAACUGUGUAAAAAGAUAUGAACUUUCUUACACAGCAUAGACACACUUGUAUUUUAGUGCAAUACAGAAAAGUAAAUGACUGACAUUUCCUGUUAUUAUAAGAGGGGCUGGGACAUUUUGUUAUUCAGCAUGUUGUCAGUCCCACCAUAUCACAAUUAAAUAAGGCUCUGAUGCUUUAGUUGCAUUUUUAAAAAUAAAUUUCUAAGUAUAUGUGUUCUUGAGGAUUUGUUUGGUGGCAGUGGCUGUCACUUGUUUCUUUUAAGUAGGACUAUUUCAGUGGUGGAAAUUAAAAAUAGUAAAGUAUACUAUAUUUUAUUAAGUAUUUUUGUGCUAUAAAGAGCAGAGCAGUGACAUAACUGUAGACCCCCAACCAAAAACUUACAUGGUGGACCUUUAAGUAGGCCUGUUCAGUUUGUUAUGGUUGCUUGAAAGGAAAAGCAAUUCAUUCACAAUAUGAAAUACAUUUUUUAAAUAAUAACAUAACUAAAUAAAAUGUGUUGUUUAUGUGAUAAACAAUAGCUUUGUUAAUACUUUUUGUGUUCUUUUUAUUUUCUGGCUUUAUAUAUUGCAAAUAUAGCUUUGCGUUUUAAAAUGGAAAAUUACUGCUACAAAUCCAUAGCUUAGUUUUUAAAGU